UCAGUUUCAAAAUAUUCUCCUAUAUAUAGGUUAGUAAUUACAAUUUAUCAUCAUUACAAUAGUCACCAUGAUUAAAUUUACUUUAUUCUUGUGGUUACAAGCGCUGCUUAUACAGAAUGCAGUCGGCCUUUGCCCUUGCAUGGAAGGUCUCAUCGGCGUGGACUUAUCAGAACGUUUCUUGGGUAAAAACAACGUAAAUCCACUUAGCAGCAUAGCAGCUGCUGAAGCAGCCUCUAUAGGAGCAGGAUUUGGAGGAGCCAAUUUAGGAGGGCUGGGCGGUUAUGGAGUUGGAUUCGGAUCUCCAGCAGUAGCAGAAGUUGGAUUAGGUGGCUUCGGACCGUCUUAUGGAGCUUUUGGUCCUAAUGUAGGCCUUGGCGGUGGUAUAACAGCUACUGAGGUAGUUAGCAGCUAUGCUGGUGGCUUGGGAGGCAAUCUUGGAGGAUUCGGGCCUGGAGUAGGUGGGUACGGUGGUAAUCUUGGCGGCUUAGCUGCGGCUGAAGUUGCUAGCGACUUAGCUGGUGUGAACAUCGGUGGUUCUGGACUCGGUGGAGUAGCAGCUGCCGAAAUCGCCUCUAGUUUAGUAGGAAACAAUGCUGGAUUUGGUCCUUACGGUCCUGGUUUUGGUUCCAUUGCCAAUGCUGAGGCGGCGGCAGCUGGAUUCAAUGGAUUUGGAGGACCAGGGUUCGGUCUUGGAGGUCUUGCUGGUGGGUUAGCUAGGACAGAAUUACUGGGAGGGCUAGGUGGUGGAAUUAAUCCAAUUGCAGCUCUUGCUUUGGGAGGCCUAGGUGGCGCUGGGUUAGGUGGCCUCGCAGGGGCCGAGUUGGGUGGUGGUAAGCCUGGGUUAUCUGAACUUGCUGCUUUGAGCAUUGGUAGCAGCUUGGGUGGUUCUGGACUUGGUGGAGCGUUACUGGGCGCUACAUUAGCUGGAGGAUUAGGGGGUGGGAAUCUUGGGCCUGCGGAACUGGCUGCGUUGGCCCUAAGUGGAGGACUUGGAGGUCAAGGUUAUCCUGGAUUUGGUGCGCCAAGUCCGUAUGGUUUCCCAGGAGCUGAGGGUUUUGGAGGGUUCGGACCAGGUUUCGGCCCUGGCUUUGGUCCAGGGUUUGGACCAGGUUUUGGCCAAGGAUUCGGACCAAGCCUUGGCCCCGAAUUUGGUUCUGGUUCAGGAUUUGGUCCCGGUUUCGGUCCAGGAUUUGCACCCGGGUUUGGCCCAGGAUUUGCGCCCGGAUUUGGCCCAGGAUUUGGACCUGGUUUCGGUGGUCCCGGAUUUGGUGGAUCAGGAUACUUUGGCCCUGGUUACGGUCCCGGAUUUUUUUAGACAUUAAUAGUUUAGUGUUACUAAUCUUGUGAUUUUUUAUGAACUUGCUAAAGGUUUUGUUGUUACACAAAUAUCAAAUAAAAUUUAAGGAAUAUUUAA